AGAUCAGAUCAUUAUCUUCCAAAUGAUUGUUACAAUUAUUCCACAAUCUUAUCUCGCCUUUUAUCUACACAAUUCUAAUCAACUGAUUAUUCAUGAUAUUCACCACGAACAGAACACAGAUUAAAUAUCAUUUCAAUGAAAUCUUCUAAUCACACACACACCAAACAUUGUUGGAUCUCCUGAAAACUCAACUCGACAGCCUCUGAAACAUGGACAUUCAGAAACACGUCCUCUAACCACACUCCUGUCGUCUCUUUUUGCACGAUCCAAAAUUACAUAAUUCGAACUAGAAACGCGUUGCGUAAGUUGCCUGCCGGAGAUUGCUAGCAUCUUCGGCCUGCAAGAAGGCGAAUGGGAUGCAGGGGAUGCACUGAGGGUGCGCGUGGGGAAGCGAGUUGUUGCGGAAGGGGCUAACGCCCAGCUGCCCGACAGAUCGCGGGUUCGUACGUUCGUGAUAACAUUCCCAACCCACCAGAAGGCUCCAGAUCAAAUUGUUAAUCAUCCUAAAGCGGGCAGAUAAGAUCGAUCGGGAUGUUACCCGUGCAGUUCGAUCCUCUUGGCAUUCUGGCACUUUAGCUUUCUUUCAAUUCGAAGAAAUUCGUGCGAUUUCCCAUCAGAUUUCUUUAGAUUGUUUCGCGCGGUGAAAUAAUUGAUACCAUGCCCGUGUCUUCUCUCAAACUUCUAGGUGUCUGUAACGAACAAUAUCCAUUGUUUGAUUCGAGAGUAAUUUGUGACCCUUCUACGGAGACAACGUGUCAUCGUGCAAUGAUAUUAUCGAACGAGAAACGGAUACAGAAUUUUGAGUACUGGUGAGGGGAAUUGAUGAUCUCUUCCUGAUGCUGUGUGCACCGAAGAUGAGGUCCCUCGUGAUCAGCGUCUCCUUCCUAUUUUACCUAAUCGGAGCCUCGACGACGACCGAGAUAUCCUGCGGCGGCCGGUUGACAACGCCAAGGGGAGUGAUCCAAACACCGAAUUUCCCCCAGCCUUUCCCCGUGCCGAUCAAGUGUCGCUGGAUAAUCGACGUGUCCGAUAUUCCGGCGGGCAACAGCUCCAUCGUCGUCUACUUGACGCAGGUGUACGUGUACAAGGGUCUCAGCUUCACCGAGUACGCCUAUUACGAGUCGGAGAGUAUGAAUUUUGGCGCCACGUUGAUAAAGGAGAUCACCGAGGGGAACGUGUUCGAGUACAAGUUCUUCAGGACGUUCAGACCGUUUCUGGUGAUCGAGUUCGAGCUCGACCGCCUCGAGGGCAAUCACGUACGCGUUCUGAACAAUUUGUUGAACGUGUACGGGUUCAAUGUCACGUAUCAGAUGACCGAGGAUACGCCGAAUUCGGAUUCUUGCUCCGUCCAGCAUUGCUCCUACACGGGCAAUUGUUUCGUGUCCGGAGAUUACACGAACUUUUGGUGCGAUUGUUUCGACGGUUUCAAUGGAAAAAAUUGUAACGAAGGACCUCUCUGCUCUGACGAUAGGAAAAAUCCUGUUUGUCAAAAUAGAGGCAUUUGCAAACAAAUUGGAGCAAAAGCAAUGACCUGCGAAUGCACCGAUGACUACGUCGGUCGUAAUUGUGAGAUCCAUCUUUUGAAUACUAUGGAAGAAUGCAGAAUGGAGAAUUGUGUGAUACAAUGUCCUCACGAGGAAAUGGCGCAGCAGCCAUGCGCAUGCAGGAAUGGCACGAAAAUCUAUAAUAAUCGAUCAAGAUAUGAAUGCAGAAUCAAAUUGUCGAACGUGACAUCCCUGAAAACCGGUCUCAUAUCGCAGUACGGCAGUUUGGAAUCUUAUAUCAGUAAACAGCUUGCAAAAUAUUUAAGGAAUUCUAAUGUCUCGUUUACGGAGGAUUUACAAAUCCUGAGCGUGACGCCCACAUCGGAAAUUACUUUCCACUUUUUCGGAAAUUCUGAAGAUGGGGAUAAAAUUCGAGAAUCCCUUAACAAAUUGGUUCAACGACGACGUCUCAGUGAAAUUUCUCUUGAAUCGACUCACUUUACUUUUCAACAAAAACCUACGCUCAAAUUGCAGAGUCUCAAACUGAGUAAAGGAAAUGAACACGAAAUUCAUCUAGGAGAUCAGAUCAUUCUUUCUUGCGUUGCUCAAGGCAGUUAUAACAUAAAUUUCACAUGGUACAAGGACAAUAUGUUGGUGAACAUGAAUAAAGCCACCAGGGGAAUUCGAUAUAAAUAUUUUCCCAAUGACGGUUCCGAUCUACACACAUCAGUAUUAACUAUUGAAAAAGCAACUCUACUUGAUGCGGGUCAAUACACUUGUCAAAUAGUUGAUUGGGGCGUGCAACAAUGUAAGAGUAUUUACAUAGACGUGAGAGAUGAACCGGAUGUAAAAGUGAUGCCGAUGAGCGUCACUAUAGAUAAGGGAACCAAUAUACAAUUAACAUGUAUGACGCCUAAUGUACCCAAUAUUGGAAUAGGAUUUGGUUGGACAAAGAACAAAGUCUUAUUGAAACUAGAACUUGGCAGUGAAGUCUGGGAAGAUUUAUAUCCGACUGGAAGUAUAUUAAAAAUUACAAAUGCACAAAAAUCUGCAAUAUAUACUUGUAACGUAGCAGACAAGUUUAUGUCUGUUCGUGUACAAGUUGUGAAUCGAACAUUAAUACCGAUUUGUUUAAAAGAGAAAUCCUGGGGUUUAAGUUGGCCAGAUACUGCUCCUGGAUCUGAAGCAUUACUAGAAUGCCCUCAACAUUUUGUGGGUAAAACAGUAUCCAGGCUAUGCUCGAUGAAAGAUGCCACAACUCCUGAAUGGCAGAUACCAGAUUUUUCUUUCUGUUUAUUUGAACCAUUAGUUAUACAUUAUAAUAAAUUUAAAAGCUUAACUUUAGGAUAUCAAAAUACAAGUGGUUCUGAAACAAUUUUCCUAUUUUGGGAAAUCCUGCGAACUCGUAAUUUACCUCUCUAUCCCGGCGAAGGAGAUCGUAUUUUAAGUAUUCUGACAGAAAUAGAACGUUAUCAAUAUCACAUUGAUCCAUCUGAUUUACAUGCCUCUACAGAAACUUUGAUACGAAUAAUUAGUCGUAUAUUGAACGAUGAAAAUUCAAUUUUAAAUCAACAAAAAGUUCUAUCGCUUCUUCAAAUUAUUCAACGAAGUUUAAUACAUUGGUCCAAGAUGACUAUCCGUCCUUAUAAGCAUUUAUCCUUUUCUUCCUUGGUGGUAGACGUUCAAGAAUUACAGCAACAUAGUGGAGAUAGUAUCACUCAUUCUCUUCAAAUCCCUAUAGAUGAAUCUAUGUAUCCAAAUUGGUACGAAGAUAAAACAACAGUGCGAUUAUGGAAGAAACGGCAACGUGGAAUAAAAUCUAAUAGUACUUUAUAUGGAAUAGUAGUUGUUUACAAAAAUAUGUCUCAUUUUUUUCCUGCUACAUAUGUUAAAGAACUUGAUGAUGGUACAGAUUUGGAAUUUCGAAUAAAUUCUCGACUUAUCACAGUAGCAGUGCCUACCUUCAAUUUAGACAAACAUAAUAAAAUCUGGAUAGAUCUACAAUUAAAACACAUACAGAAUCAAUCAAAUUCGUGGAACUUGUCUUGCGGGUUUAUGGACGUUACAGGUUCCUGGGACCUGAACAGUUGCAUCGCCAAUACAUCUCCAGGCGAUGCUGCUACGCAUUGUCUUUGCCCUAAUAGCGGAACUUUCGCAGUUUUCUUAACAGCACGUGCUGUAAGAGUGGUACUUGCAAAAAAAGAACAGACCACAUUCAUCGUGAUAUUUGGAUGUGGUGGUUGUUUAGCACAAUGUCUUUUAUCCUCUUUGAUCCUUGGAACCUUUUGGUGGACAAAUCAAAGCUGGAUGAACUUUUUGAAACUUCAAUGUUGCUGUGCUUUAAUCGGAGCAAUGGCUGUUUUCAUUUAUGCCGUUCAUAAUGAUUUACCAGAGAGCUCAUAUGCGAUCGUGGCAAUAACUCUGGAAGCUUUUCUUCUUAUUGGUAUGUCAGCGCCGGUAUCAGAAGCUCUAAUCAUUUAUGCCGGUCUAACUCAAGUUCGAUCCAGUCAACACUUUCAACCUACCGUCAUUGCAGUCAUUACAGGUGUCCCUAUCUUAGCCGUGUUAAGUACAGAACUCACACAUAAGAGUACGGGUUGGAGACACGAAUCAUGGUGGUUAAUUUUUGGCAGUGGAGUUUAUAAUAUCUUUGUUACUUGCGCAACAAUGAUGUUUCUUAUAUUUAUAUUAUUAUAUUUGGGAAUUUUACAUAAAGCUCAUGCUCUUGUUGAGGAAAAUGUUAUGAAAAAAGAAGUGAUAGACAUCAGAUUACGAAUGCUUCAUCGAGCUGCCAUAGUUAUUUGUAGCAUCAUUGCGACAGAGACUGCCUCCAUUUUUUAUAUAAAUUCCACCUCCAUCAUUUUUCAUUAUAUAUUUGCUUCUCUUUCUUCUGUCUUGGGUUUUGUUAUAAUGAUGAUGUAUAUCAUAAAUGGUGAAUUGACUACGAUUGAUUUAAUCUUACGAAAACUAAAAUGGAAACAAAAUGCAGAAGAAGAAGAAAUAACAUCUGAACCGAUAAAAGUGUGUUCAAAAAAUAGUGCAGAAGUGGAGAAUGAUACCGCUCCACCUCUCCAAUCAUCUUUGGAUAUUGGAGAAUCAUAUUUAGAAGUUCGCGGGAUUGCAGCGGGUAGUAUAGACAUGCGGGAAUUCAUCAACGAGUCCUCGUCUUCAUAUUCGAAAUCUUCUAUUCCUAUUGCCAACAGAUUCCUACCAGAGAUUCGCAUCGAUCAUUCGGAUGACAUAAACCUGGAGAAUUAUAGCACUAGUCCACGAAAGUAUCAAGAAGCUAUCGCGUUUGAUAGCAUAGUUUCUCCACGAUCAUCGCACUACGUAAACGAGCCCUAUAGUACGAAUGAAUGUUGCAGUUUCCGGGAAUUUGGUAAAUUCAGAGAGUCUCAAGGACAAAUCUUCAUUGCACACAAUCCGUCAGAAAGUUCAGCGAAAGUUCUAUGCAACGCUGAUGUUGAAUCACGUUUAAGUGGGAUGCCAGAUGUGACUUUAGCCGUGAAAAAAGACGUUGAAUUAUCCGUGCCAGAUCUAAAAAGCAGGGAACAUGUAAACGUUAUUCCCGAUAUUGCCAACACCACAGAACGUAAACAACCUGAUGGUGAAGAAAAGGCACCUGAAAUUGUGAUCACGAAUUGCGAAACUACAGCAAGUGGUAUGCUAGAUCGUAUUGCACAUGAUCUUGAUUAUCUGUUAAAUCGUACCCAUUCUUCGGAUGGAACAUAAGUCUGAUCAUCCUGCAAGAAAUUGAUUGAUUCACUGCUCAAAUUUAUUAGAAAACAUAAUUCCAUCAAGCAUAAUUCAUGUAAUAUUUAAUGAAUAUUUAAUUUUAACUUUAUCAUUUAUUGAAUUUAAUAAUAUGCUUAAAUGAAAUAAAUAAAAGUCAUUUUUUGAUAUUUAGUUGAUUCAGAAAUAUAUUAUAAUUAUAAAAAGUACUAUUCAAGGUAAAUUUUGGAACUCUUUUGAACUUUCUUUUUAUUUUAUUUUCGUUUUUAUUUAGAAAAGUUAAAUAUAUAAUAUAUUAUCUAUAAAAAAUAUAUUAUUCACAAUAUUUAUACAUAUUAUGUAUAAUAUCAAAUAAAAUGAAAAUCUUAUGAUCAAAUAGCACUGAUAUGAUUGAAUAUAUAUAUAUAUAUAUAUAUAUAUAUAUAUAUACAUACAAUUAAUUUUUUUAUAAUUUAUUUAUUUAAUUUUUAAUUUAUAAUAUAGAAAUGGAAAAAUUCUUAAAUUCUUAUAAUAUAAAAAAAAAAUUGAACUGAAAUAUGUAGUUUAAACGAAAAGAAAUUAAAUUGAAUUUACAUGCAAGUUAAUAAAUAAAAAUAAAGAAUGAUACUUUUAAAAAAAUAUUAUUAUUAUUAUCAUCAUAUCAAAUUAUUAUUAUUAUAUAUAUAUAAUUUUCAUUUAUUGUUAUUUAUUAUUAUAUUUCUAUUAACUAAUAUUACUUUAAACUAAAAAAAAUUAUAAGACAAAUCUUUUAUAUUCUCAUUUUCAUUCUCUCUCUCUCUCUCUCUCUCUCUCUCUCUCUCUCUCUCUCUCUCUCUCUCUCUCUCUCACACACACACACACACACACGCGCGCGCGCGCGCGCGCGCGCACCUCUUCGUCUCUGUCCCUUCUUCUCCCCUAUUUUUAUUAAACAUUUAUUAAAUAUUUAUACUAUAUAAUCAUUCUUCCUAUCCUUAAAAAAAGAUCUUUAAAAAAAAUCUAUCAUAAAAGAAGAUUUUUUAUAAGAAUUUGUUUUUAUUAGAUUCCAUCCAUUAGAAAACGUUUUACAUUAAAAAUUUGUUUACAUCUCGUUUUCUUCAUUCUUUUACACAAACUCACGUGAACAAAUUUUUACAGAAUUUUUACAACACUUCAAAAUCCAUAUCAUAACUCCAUACUUCCAUUCUUUUUCUUUUUUCUUUUCCUUCUAUCAAUAUUGAUUUCAAUACAAACAUAUAUAGGAAAGUAAAAAAAUUGAAAUUAGGAAGACAGGAGUGAUAAGUUUCAACGAAAACAAAUUUUAGGCAGUGGAAUUCCGAGUUAUAGUAUUUAUUUAUCAUCGUACAGCCCUUUUCAAUAAUAUCCAUUCAUAUUGAUUCAGUCGUCAUCGCACUUUCAUUUUUCCGGUUUUUUCUUUUUAAUAAUUUGAAUUAUAAAGCUAUACAUUCAAUUUUUAUUUCAAUAAUCUACUUACAUAUUUAAGAUCAAACUGUAUGUUAUCGGUAAUAAUUGCUGCAGUUACUUCAUUUAUUUUUUUCUUUGUUUUGCAUCUUCGUUUUACCUCUAAUAAUUAAUUAGUCAUUUUUUUAGUGAAAUGCUUCACUGAAAAUUUCAUUUUUUUUUUCAUUUGCCGAGGUAUGAAAUCGGAGCAAUAUUUCUUGACCAAGCAUAUGUUAUAAAUGCAAAAAGAUAUAAUAAUAAGGUCGGUGUUAGUUUGUUAGCACUCGAAUAUAUCUAUAUGACUAGUUUUCUGUGUCAACAGAUUUUCUUAAAAAUAUAAAUUAUUUACAAGGAUUUCAGCUAAUUUUAUCGAGAUUUAAUAAUCUUGGUUUAAUCACAUCAAUAAUACCGAAGUAUAGGAGAGCCGUGGCUGUAUUCGAUUAUUAUUUAAAAAUAAGAGAAAAAAAAAAUGAAUUACAAAAUGUAUUCACACAAUUUUUAUAUUACGUUUUACUGAAUUUUACAUGCGCUACUAUCUUUUUUUAUUUUUGUUUUUUUUUAAUAAAUAAAUUUUUUAUUUAUUUUAUUUUAAUAAUUGAAAAGAAUAUAACAAUUUGGGUUAAGAUAAAUUAUAAUAUACAUCGAAUAUUAAAGCGAAAUAAAUGCGAAUAAAUACUCAUUAAUUUUUUUUAUUUUUAUUAUUAUUUUCGCAGUGAUGUAUGAUAAAAUUGUUUUUUCAUAUUUAAUAACAAUUAAUCAUUUCCUCCCAGUUAGUUUAUGUCAAUUUGUAUAUAAAAUAAAUUUUUAUGAUAUAUUUCAAUUAUAUAAAUAAAGAAAGUUAUUUGAAAUAAAAA